CCUAUAGAUCUGAAUAAAAGGAGAGCGAGGCUCGAUGAUUUUGCAAACUAGGUUAGGUCACCACAGAUUGCUCAAGUUUUGUAAGUUUUCAGUUAUUAUGAAGAAUCUUGUUCCAGUUGUAGCCGUUCUUGUUGUUGUCCUUGUAAUUGCUGUUCAAGAAGUACAGCUUGUUUCUAAUUGGGGCAGAAGAUUCGGCCGCUCGCUUGACAAAAAAUACAGCAACUGUAAAACGCACAGACGUCAAAUGCAGUUCCACCGUCUGGAGACAUUUCCGAAAGUUGAAGAAGAAGACCGAGGCGGAGGCGAUCAGUCUUUUAAUGAACAUCUGCCGGCCUUUGAGGAGGAUUGAUAUCAGCGAAACUCUAGACCAGGAAGAUGAAAACUAUGAAGAAUGAAAUACUAUUCACCUGAUAAUAUAAAGAAGUGCAAAAAAAAAACAAAAAAAAAACGAGAAGCAAAUAAAGCAAGUUUUAAAAUGCAA